CCUUUCAUUAGUAUGACGUUUAUUUUUACUGUGCAAAAAAGAGUGAUAAAUAGUAUUUCUUGUUUCUUUAAUUUUUAUUUUUCAUAAAAAGAAAUGUUUAAUAUCCUACAAUUAAGUAUAAAACCAAUAAAAACAUUCAUGCUAACAUAAAUAAAUUAAAAUAUAAUUAAAAUAUAUGUGGAAUACAAUAUAAAACAAAUGACGUAAAUACGAAAAAGCAUAAAAAACAACUGGGCAAGAACAAGCAUCCAUUAUAGAAUUACAAAACAAAAACGAAAAAAGUAUAUUUUUUUCAUUUUUUUCUUUUCGCGAAUGUUGUCUGAAAUUAGUUUGUAAUUGAUACUAAAUUAAGAAAUAAUUAUAUGUUGUUUAAAUAGAAAAAGGCAAAAAAAUUAAAAAUGAAUAAACCUGAAACUGAUUCAGAUAGUUCGGAGGAGUUUUUUGAUGCAGAAGAUUCUACUCCCAAUCGAUUGUCAACUUUAAGCCGCAAAUCUUUGGCAAAUGCCUCUCAAAUACCACAAGAGUUUAUUUUUCCCGAACCAGCAGUACGGCUGCAGGCAUCAUCCGACAGUGAUGCCACACCCAUUGGAACAGUUACCCCAGCUACGAGCAGUCCAAGCAGUAGUCUAAGUGCUCGUGGCACUAAAACCGAUGUAUUUGUUGAACCAAAACCAGUGCAGGUCACUAGUAAUACUACUAGAGAUAUUAGAGAUCGUUUUCGAGAAUUACGUCAGGGCAUGCAAAAUGAUGAUGAUGAAAAUCCGGGAAAUACAUUAACACCUGAUUCUCAGAAUAGUUCCACAGAUGGAGUUUAUACUCGCCCAACGCAUCCAUUUAAGGUAGUGGAAAAUGACACAAUGAGUGUUCAAAGUAUAACAUCUUUAGGUCGUGUUGGACGUAUAUUGGCUGGUAGUAUUGAUCCAUCAGCCAUGAGUAUUGAUCGUGAAUAUUUUGCUAAUACAAAUAGUCAACAACAACAAUUGCAACAACAACAACAGCAUCAGCAACAAAUACAACAGCAACUACAGUUACAACAACAACAGCAAUUUUUACAACAGACACAGUCAUCAUCAACAUCGUCACCAGCAGCUGCAGUCGCAGCUGUAUCGGCAAAUGCGUUUGCUAAUAUAAAGUCAUCAAGUGUACCGUCUAGUCUUACCGAAUCGAAUAGCGGUAAAUCUUUACAACAAUCCGCUAUUGGUGUUGGUGGUAUAAGUAAUAUGAAUCAAGUGCCAUUUGAAAAUCAAGUUAUGUUACAAGAACCAGAUGUUAUAGCCAGCACCAAGUUAGCCCAUUCGAAGACAACCGAUUCGAUAACAUCUAGUGGACCGAUUGCACCCCCUCGACGCAAGAAAAAAGACACGAAAAAAGGUUCAACUAGUUCAUCUGAGCAGUUUUAUAUGAAUGAAGGCAUGCGUUUGCCCGCCGCCGACACGGACACAGAUAGUGAUACAAAAUCCGUCAAGAGUGUACGUGAUGUUCAACAGAAACUAAGUGAUGAUUUGGUUAAAGAAAUUGAGAAAAGCUGGAAUGAGACCAGUUCUUUGCAAAAUGCACGUAUGGCACGUUGCAGUCUUGAUGGCGGUGGCAGUAUUACGACUUCGGCGAAUACGGCCUUGUCUCUUGGCGGAUUUAGUAGUAUUAGUGCCUUAGGCGGUAAUGUUUCCUCUGUCUGCUCUUCAGUACACGCUUCUAGCAAUACAAUUGUUUCAGCGUCGGGCACUUCAUUAAGUCAAAUGUCUGCUAGUAAAACACGUCCUGUCACUACGGCUGCUGUGGGCGGUUCGAUAAAUCGCAUGUCACAUUCUUUGGGUAAUAGUUCCACUUCGGUGUACUCCAAACCGAGUCCAUCGAAUUCGGCCAAAAGUAAUUCCGCUCCUGGUCGUGUCAGUUCCAUUGACCCUUCACAAAGUUUAAAUCUUUAUAAAGCCACCCAAGGUGGUUAUGUGGUUAAACCACGCGAUGAAGCAUCUAAUAAAGCUGAAGGACCCUCACAAGAGGAAAUUGAACGUAUUGAGCGUAUAUUAAAUGAAAAUAUUCAAAGACCUAAAUUGGCUGGUACGGGUUCAAAUAGUUUAGGAAGUGCCACCAGAUAUCCAUCUCUAAUAUAUCGCAGUAGCAGUGAUAAGGAACGACGUAAAUCUGCGGGGGAUGAAGAUGUUUUAAAGCAAAUGAAUAUUGAUGUGCGCAUACGUACGAACUCGGGCAAACAGUUGACAGAUUUCGAAAUACUAGAACAAGUGCCGGUUAAAAAUUUAGAAACUGGUGAAACAAUGCCAUUAUCCGAGGUACGGCCACCGCCAGUACCAGAAGGUUGGAACCCCCUGUCACUGCAUAUACUUAAGUUAACAUCACAUUUGGAAGUUAUACAAAAGGAAUCGGACGAUGAAAGUGUUAUUGGUAUACCGCCCAGUAGUGAGGGUCAGCCACAGGAUGAGGAAGAGGGGGAGGCUGAGGACGGCAGUCGUUUGAAAAAGAAAACGGCCAAAAUUAAACGUUUCUUCGGUUCAACUAUGCGCAAGACCGUUGAUAAAGCCAAAUCGCUGGCAUCAGAGGUAUCACAUGCUCGUCACAAAGAAGAUGUGGCUGAUAUAGUUGAUGUUAUGAAUCCAGAACAGAACAUAAAAAUUAAAGCCUCUUCUACCAACAAGGGUCCUUACGAAUUUACCAAGUUGCAGCAUGUACAAGAUUUGUCUGGAGAACAUACCGGGGCUGUUUGGUGUAUGAAAUUUAGUUCAUGUGGCCGUUUAUUAGCCACCGCUGGUCAAGAUAAAGUUUUGCGUAUUUGGGUUCUUAAAGAUGCCUAUCCAUUUUUCCAAGAUAUGCGUACUAAAUAUAAUGCUGAUCAAAAAUCCUCACCAACGCCUUCACAAGAAUCCUUGGUAUCACAGCAUUCUGCCGAGGAGGCUAUAGCUAUGGCAACAGCGGCUGAAAAAUGUACUGGACCUUUUAUGCCGAAAUCCUUUUGCACUUACAUCGGUCACACCUCCGAUUUACUGGAUGUGUCCUGGUCGAAAAACUACUUUAUACUCUCAAGUUCCAUGGAUAAAACAGUACGUUUAUGGCAUAUUUCACGUAAGGAGUGUCUUUGCUGUUUCCAGCAUAUUGACUUUGUAACGGCCAUUGCAUUUCAUCCUCGUGACGAUCGUUACUUCCUCAGCGGCAGUUUAGAUGGUAAACUACGUUUAUGGAAUAUACCCGAUAAAAAGGUGGCCUUAUGGAAUGAAGUCGACGGUCAAACGAAACUAAUAACAGCGGCAAACUUUUGUCAAAACGGUCAAUUUGCUGUAGUGGGUUCCUAUGAUGGUCGUUGUAUUUUCUACAAUACCGAUCAAUUGAAAUAUCAUACUCAGAUACAUGUACGCUCGACACGUGGUAAAAAUCGCAUUGGACGCAAGAUCAGUGGCAUUGAGCCCAUGCCGGGUGAAGAUAAAAUCUUGGUUACAUCUAACGAUAGUCGUGUGCGUUUAUACGAUUUGAGAGAUUUGAAUUUGUCCUGCAAAUAUAAAGGUUAUCUAAAUGCUUCAUCGCAAAUUAAGGCAUCUUUCAGUCAUGAUGGCAAAUAUAUUAUAGCGGGUUCAGAAAAUCAAUGUAUUUAUAUAUGGAACAAUCAUGAUUAUUCAAAAUUAAGUUCGGUACGUCGUGAUAGAAGUGAUUUUUGGGAGGGAAUUAAAGCCCAUAACGCUACAGUUACUUGUGCAAUAUUUGCUCCACAUCCUGAGGCCAUUAUUAAGCCCGAACCUGAUGAAAUUUCACAUGAAAAACAAACAAAUAAUCAACCAGAUCCCUUGGUAGAACAACAUAAAAAAGGUUGCGGUUAUGUCAUGGUCAGUGCCGAUUUUAAUGGAGCCAUAAAAGUGUUUAUCAAUAAAACAAAACCUAAACACAGCAGUCUACCUUAUACUGCAAUAGCCGAUUAAAUUAUAAUUAUAUAAUAAUAAUAAUAUUAAUAAACUAAU